UAGAUGAGGAGGAGAUGAGAGUCGUGAGACACACAGAGGGCCUUUUGUAGGCUUUUUUGGCCGUAUGUGUUUUUUCUGUCCAACCCCACAUGAGAAGUUGUUGAGGUUAUGACCCCAAAUCAAUAAGAAGGAAAAGCAACACUAACAAAGCAAGCCAGGCAAGCACUUCAUCCCUCCCCCCUCCUGCCCUCUCUGAACCUUCCCCUGAGUUCCUUUCAGUGUUGAUCUAUCUGUUUGACCCAGUACAGUUCACAAGGCUAAGACUUGGAAGAGUAUGGACAAUCAGCGCAUCUCGCCUCUUGGCUGGGCUUAUCACUGUCAUUUUCAUGGAAAGUAAUGGAAGAGGAGAUUUCACAUAUAAUGUGUGGGCGUAUAUUAUAAUUGUGCAGACAAUGGAGGAGCUACGGGAGUCCCUCUUGUGCACAACUCUGGAGCUGGAAACAACGAGGGCAGCAGCUCAAGAGGAGAUAAGGAAGAGAGAAGAACAAUUGAUCCGUCUCCAUGAUCUCUUACGAAAAGCCGUGAGGGAGAGAGACGAGGCACAAGACAAAUGCCAGAGACUACACACGGAGAAGCUAUUACUCCUACAGCAACAGCAACAGCAACAGCAGGGGAUCUCCAGCAUUGAAGACGAAGCCAGAAGAGGAGGCGACAUCUCGGACUGCGAAGAAAGCAUCGUUUCGUCUCCCGUGAUGGACCCAAUGCCACCACUGGAACCACCGUCGGCAGCAACGGUACAAUUAGCACCAGAGAAGCCACUGCCAGAGAAGGGAAAGCUUUUACAGGCAGUGACGAAAGCUGGACCACUACUUCAGACGCUUCUUCUGGCGGGACCGCUUCCUCAGUGGCGGCACCCACCUCCCAAACUCGACUCCUUCGAGAUCCCACCGGUCGCCAUUACUUCACCACCACCGACUCCCCACCUACUGCACCACAACUCUGUGAUGGGCAGCAAUGAUGACAUCAACAACAGUGGUGGCAGUAUAAUAACUAAAAGGAAAAGAAGUCUGGGGGGCUUUGGAGGCUUCCAUUCUUCACCAAGUACCAAAGAGUAGUUCUCCAAUGACUUGUAUUUCUGUUUCAAAUGUAUGGGAGAAGGAUGGAGGAGACCUCUUGGGAGUUGGGGGAAAUGGGGUUCAAAUUCCCUACCCAUCUCUAUUUGAAAUGUAUUUGUAAAAUCCAUUGAUGAAUGAAUUCGAGCCAGAGAAAUUAGAAACUA